AUGAAGCACAGCCAAAUAUGCACAGAAUGGUUAUAUGUCGAAGGGUGUGGUUGGCACUACCAAGAACAGAAUGAACGCUUGUGGUUAUAUAAAAGACCAAAAAGAAUUAUGUAUUGCACGACAUGGAAGAGCUGUUCUAAGUCCACGGAGAUUGAUGCAUACCAUGAGUAGUUACAUUCCUAAUUUCAAUCUAACUAGCCAGCAGGAUGCAGAGGAAGCACUCUCCCGUCUUUUAUCUUCUUUAAGAGCCGAAUUGUCAGAAUCUUAUGUUCAUGAUAACAGCUCUUUGGCGGAUGUAACUACACUUCCUAAUUGUAGGAUUGUUAGGCAGAGGAUGGAAGGAGAAAGCGAACAGGAGAGAUGGCAGCAAAGUUUUCUUGGGCCUUUUAAUGGGAUUCUUGGUAGCUUUUUAACCUGCCAAAGUUGUUCGUUUCAGAUCUCUUUGGAUUUUCAGUUGUUCCAUAGCUUGCAUCUUGUGCCAGUGUUAAGCAUUGUUGGGGCCAUUAUGCCUGGGUGUUCCAUGGAGCAUUGCCUGAAGCAGUUCUUUGUUGCAGAACAACUCGAAAACUAUAAGUGCAGCCACUGUUGGCAUAUUGCUGCCAUAAAGUUUGUCUCUGCCAUGGAUGAAAAUGAGGCUAUUGUUGAAAAGCUUAAGCUGUGCAAUGAGGAAGAUUCCUGUGAUUGCAAAGAGCUACCAUGCCUUGCAAGAUUACCAUGGUCCAAUAGCUUCUCACGCACUUUCAAGCAACUCAGUAUUGGCCGGAGUCCUAAGGUUCUAUGUCUUCAUUUACAACGUGCUUCUAUAAAUGUAUUUGGAGAACCGGUCAAACUUCAGGGCCAUAUUUCGUUUCCAUUGAUUUUGGACUUGGCUCCCUUUGUGAAGAAUGGAGUGGGGACAAAGAAUCGCGAAGGGAAUCUGCAAAUAGGAAAAAUAAAGCAUCAGCAACAGUCUUUCCCUUUGUUUGAUUACUUAAAUCUGCAAGAUAAUAACGAGAUGUUAAAUUGCAUCACCCAAAGUGAAAGAACGUUUUCUACAGAAGUAGAAGAUACGGCUGCUUUGUGUGUCUCAAAUAGUUGUGGUGUUAAUGCACCAAAGUCAAUAUCAACUUUGCUCGAUACAGGAGGCUACAAGGAGAUGAGCUUAAAUCAGCUGCCUCCACAUUCUGGCAAUCAGGGUGAAGCUUCCUCAAUAACACUUUCCAAACAUCAUAAGUAUCGACUAGCCUCUGUUGUGCAGCACUUUGGAAGAGUUGGUAGCGGGCAUUACACCGUUUACAGACGAGCAACAGCAAAAAUAAGCGAAGACGAUCCUGCAGGACUACUGGGAUCUAUUGUUGAUCAGUGGUUUUGCAUCUCAGAUACCGACAUGCAUAGUGUUUCUGAGAAAGAUGUUCUAGAUGCUGAGGCAACCUUACUAUUCUAUGAAAAAAUUUCUGAUUGUUAAAACUUUUGCUGAGUUAUAUAGCUGUUUGUAGUAAGCUUUAAUAAUUUGUGCUAGCAACUCAGAAGCUGCGAGUCAUUGUUAUGGCCCAUUUUAUGCUUGCCCGGAGAAUUGUUUUGGUGACUCUGGUGAACCUAUUGAAUUUAGUCAGAUUUGAGUGUACUCUCUAUUGUAUUCUUUAAUCGCUUAUUA